AUGAACUCACAUCUGAUGCUGGAGCAUUUGGAAGAAACUCCAGAAGACGAUUCCAUUGCCAGUCUUACCUUCCUUGACCGGCACAAAGCCAUGUAUCCCUACCAUCCGGAACUGAUGGCAAUGUGUUCGUGGCCGGCACUCCGUUUGAGUACAGCAUGUGGCCAUACGACUUCGGCCACUUCGGAAACUUACGAAGGAGGUUUUGGUGCCCAACCAGGUAUCGAAGCUCACGGAGGCUACACCUUCUGCGCCGUAGCUGCCUUGUGCCUCCUUGAACGACCCGAUUUGAUCGAUAUCCCUCGCGUGUUGCGCUGGCUUGCACAUCGACAAAUGGCCAGCGAGGGUGGAUUCCAAGGUCGUACCAACAAACUUGUGGAUAGCUGCUACUCAUUCUGGUUGGGUGCCUUAUUCCCAGUUAUAGAGGAGCUGCUAGACCUGUCAGAUGAUCCUGCCCUACUUACUGAUGAAACUCUUUUCAACGCCUCCGCCCUGCAGGAAUACAUACUCCUGUGCUGUCAAAAAGUUUCGUACACGCGACCUGGCCUAAGUGUUCCUAUCCCUGGAGAUGCGGAGAAGGGGCAUCCAGAAUUAGGCGAUUGCCGGGUUGAAGGAGAUGGUGGUUUGAUUGAUAAACCGGGAAAAAAUGCUGACUGCUACCACACUUGUUAUGCUCUUAGCGGACUAAGCAUAGCCCAACACUGUCCCCGACCUCGCCGCCGUCAGCUGCCGGCCCAUAUCUCCAAUUCACGAUCGUCUUCGUUCGUCUCCAUCGGAAAACCCAGCCCCGCCCCGCUUGUUGAAAUUUUGUGUGAAGAACUAGACAAUGAACUGGCCGAUCUGGAUCCUCUGCACAAUAUCCUUCACGAUGGACUUGGUUAUACGCUCACGUACUUCGCACUGCUAGACUCAGGCAAACCUUCUGAAGAAGCAGCAGAGCUGGCGUCUAAAGCGGUCGAAAAUUGUCUGACACCGCCCCGAAGAGUUAUCACUAAAUUAUGUCCAGUUUCCAUCCAUGAUAUCGGUUCCCCAGACCAUGGACACUCAAAACACACCUGUGUAACGCCGUGAUAAUCGGAGUAUUUUGGAGAGGCGAUUUAUAUUCCUUGUCAACAGCCCACCUGUCUUUCUGCCAUGUAUUAUCAAAACAUUGUGCUGUUAUUACGUGUCCGUACCGGUAUGCUACGCUUUGGAUUAAUCAACGCAGAGUGACGCUUUGCGGCUUAUGCUAGGGAGAAAUGAGGAAUUUGUUCUUUUUGUGCAAACUACUCGUUGUUUAUCUCCCGGUGCUGCAGUACUUUGUCUUUCUAGGAAAGGCUAUUGGAGACCAUUCAUCGUUCUUUUAUUUCGAAGGGUUGAUUAUAUGGUGCUUAGGCCAAAAACAAAGCGAGAAUAUAAUUGUUUCCUAACUACAACAAGCUCGUUUAUGUUU